AUGGCUCACCAAUGUACAAACAAAACCACCACCUUACCUGCAAGCACCACCCUCAAACCUACCACCUUCAACAAAACAGCCUUACCCACAUCCAUCAGCACCAAACCUUCCACCUCUGAAAUCUCCAGCUUUGCCUCACCCACACCCACCACCGCAAACUCCACCCCCACCAUACCCACAACCAGCACAAGCAUCACCACGGGUACCACUCUACAACCUGGAUGCGAGUUCAACAUUGUGGUGACUAACAAUACUGCAGAUGUGGAGAUUAUCAAUGGCAACACAAGCGUAACAUACACUGUCACAUUAAAAGAAACUUCUAAUGGGAAUGAGAUAAUCCACACAGUUGAAAAACAAAGCAGCAGAACACAGUUUUUGAUAAAACCAUGCACUAAAUACACAGUUGAAGUAAAUGCCUGUAAAGCCCCCCAAAACAAGAGUUUUAGGACUCAAAAUGAUACGGAAAAUAUAACUGUCUCUACUGUAAAUGACUGGAAUGAUAAGCACGUGUGCUUUAAAGUUGAAAAGUGGAAUUUUACAAAGUGUGUUGACAUAAAUGAUACGGCAGGUUGCUCAGUUGUGCCAAUAGUUGAAAACCUUGACACAUGUGACUACACAAUAAAGGUCCAUAUGCCCCCAGGUAAACCUGAAAUAGACUUCACAGAAAAAAUCCCCACUCAGUUCGACUGGAGCAAUAAACCAACGAAUUGUAGUGGCGCAUUUCAAAUCCAUUGCACCAGAGGUGAACUGCAUGACUGUGUUAUUGAACAAAUAAAGGUAAUACAUGUGUUCUGUCCUCUUUUAAUAGAACCCAUUUUCACAUCAAAAAAGAUAGAGGUAACCCACCCUUCCCACAAUUCCAUUGAGAUAACAUGUAAAGAUAUUCCAAAAAAUCACUGGAAUGGGGGAAAAGUAAAAUAUAAGGCUGAACUUGAAUACGAGGGAUAUCCUAACACACCUACAAAUAAGAAACCUGAAGAAAAGGAAACAUGCCAGUUCUCAUUUUCAGAUCUUUCCUAUCUUACUGAAUAUAGGAUUAAGAUUACAGCCACAAAUGAAGAGAAAAAAAAAUCUAAAAUUACUCGCACAACUACUACUAAAUACAAUGACAAAGCUGUUAUUGGAUUUCUGGCUUUCCUCAUUAUUGUGACAUCAGUUGCCCUUCUUUUUGUGCUGUUCAAAAUUUUCCUACUCAAACGAAAGCGGACUCCUGAAGAAAUUCCUCUUACAUCACAUUCGCUGCAGAACAUUGAUCCCAUCUUAGCAGAGAAUUUAAUUGAGGUCUAUAAGAGGAAGAUUGCUGAUGAAGGACGCCUUUUUAUGGAUGAGUUUCAGAGCAUUCCCCGAAUCUUCUCCAAUUACACCAUUAAAGAGGCUAAGAAGCAAGAAAACCAGUCCAAGAACCGCUAUGUUGACAUUCUGCCUUAUGAUUAUAAUCGUGUUGUGCUGACCGAAGGCAGCAAUGACUAUAUCAAUGCCAGCUUCAUCGAGGGAUUCAAAGAGCCAAAGAAAUACAUCGCAGCCCAAGGACCCAAGGAUGAGACCAUUGAAGAUUUCUGGAGGAUGAUCUGGGAGCAAAAGUCAUCCAUCAUCGUCAUGGUUACCCGUUGUGAGGAAGGAAAUAAGACCAAAUGUGCUCAGUACUGGCCAUAUUUAGAGAGAGAAACGGAGAUAUAUGAAGAUUUUGUGGUGAAAAUAAAAUCAGAAGAACACUGCCCCGAUUACAUCAUUCGCCAUUUGCUCGUAACCAAUAAGAGAGAGAAAGCCGCCGAAAGAGAAGUCACUCACAUUCAGUUCACCAGCUGGCCGGAUCACGGCGUCCCUGGAGACCCCAGCCUGCUUCUGAAGCUCAGGAGAAGAGUCAACUCCUUCAAAAACUUCUUCAGUGGUCCAAUCGUGAUACACUGCAGCGCCGGUGUCGGACGCACAGGGACGUAUAUUGGCAUUGAUGCCAUGAUCGAAAGUUUGGAGUCAGAGGGCAGAAUGGACAUUUAUGGAUAUGUGGCAAAACUACGUCGCCAGCGUUGCCUCAUGGUUCAAGUUGAGUCCCAGUACAUACUGAUCCACACGGCUCUGAUAGAACAUAACCAGUUCGGAGAAACAGAAGUCUUGCUGUCCGAUUUUCAUUCGGAGCUCAACACCCUCAGACAUAAAGAUGGAAAUGACACAAGCUUGCUUGAAAUGGAGUUCCAGAAACUCCCGAAGUUUAAAAACUGGAGAACAUUUAACACAGCAACCAACGAGGACAACAAGAAGAAAAAUCGCUACUCGACUGUUGUCCCAUAUGAUUACAACCGCGUCCUGUUCAGACUUGAGUUAGAUUCCAACCAGACCAGCGAUCCCGAAGAUGAGGAUGAAUCUUCAUCAGACGAAGAGGAGGAAUCUAAUGAAUACAUCAACGCCUCCUUUAUUGACGGUUACUGGUGUGGGAAGAGUCUCAUAGCGGCACAGGGACCUCUGGCCAACACGGCAGCUGAGUUCCUGCUAAUGCUUUAUCAACAACAAACCAAAACUAUAGUCAUGCUAACCGAUUGCAAAGAAGACGACAAGGAUUAUUGCUUUCAGUACUGGGGAGAUGAAAAGAAAACGUUCGGAGAUAUCGAAAUCGAAGUGAAAAAGACAGAGAGUUUCACGACGUACGUCAGACGGCGCUUGGCGAUCCAGUCCACAAAGAAGAAGGAUGUGCUUGAAAUGGACCAGUAUCAGUUCCUCAAGUGGAAAAGCCGAGAGCUUCCAGAGAACGCUCAGGAUUUGAUCGAGAUGAUGAGGAGCAUCAGAGAGUCCGGCGGUUACGACAACAGCAGGAAGAACCGAAGCAUUCCCAUCGUGGUGCAUUGCAACAAUGGAUCUUCACGUACUGGGAUCUUCUGCGCCUUGUGGAAUCUCCUGGACUGCGCGUUAACGGAGAAGUUGGUGGACGUUUUCCAGGCGGUCAAAAACGUUCGCAAGGAGAGACAAGGAAUGAUCGAGACAUUCGAGCAGUAUCAGUUCCUCUAUACGGCUCUAGAGGGCGCCUUUCCCGUGCAGAAUGGUGGCAUAAAGUCACAAGCAUCCGACAGCAUCCAAAUCAUCAACGAAACCACAGCACUUCUCUCUGAACAAGCCAGCAGUACCAACACUGACCAGAAGGAGGAGGAGGAGAAGAAGGAGGAAACAAGCAAACCCAAAGAGAGCGAAGAGCAGAAAGACACAGAUGCUCCUGCUCCUCCUGCUGAUGCUCCUGCUGCUGAUGCCACAGCCACAGCUACAGCAGAAAGCAGCACUUCACCAUCACCACCAGAGGGAGACAAUGAGAAACCAUCCACAGAGGGCACCACAAAUGGCCCUACCGUCACUGUAGAUGUCUAAGCAGCCUUAAAAAAAAAACAAUAUUGGGUAAUAUUGUGGUCAUUCGAGAUCAAACGUUGUAGAUUUGACACCAAGUGUCUUGAAGAAAGAUGUGAUACCAGCUGGUUUAUAUUUUUUACAUUUAACUUUUAUUGUAUAUUUUACGGUACAUAUGGCUAGCACGCUUGCGGAGAGUUCGUGGCUUAAACCUGAAGUCAGGGUUAGAUUUAAUUUUGUAUAAUGAUGCUGUUUGAGUGAAAUCUGUCCAUAUUCAUAAUGUUUAUUUGAACGUACCUGUAUGUAAAGGUUUUGCUAUAUGAUUUGACGUUUUUAGGCAGACUGCAUAUUUGAAUGUAUUGUAAAAUAACACCUUGGAGAACAUAUUUUCUAUAUUUUUUGGUCUUGUUACUGAAUCUAAAUAUUGGUGCCUGAUGGAUAGAAAUCUAUUUGAAUUGAGUGCUUUUAUAUGUUUUUAAACCAAAAAUUAGAGCAAAGAUAACUUUGCACUACAUGGCUGUCAUCAAACUUUCACUUGGCUGUUCGUCUGAAUUGUAAAACCUUGCAGUUUUUCAUUUUAAGCAGAUGUUUAAUGUAACUUAAAGAAUAAAGGAUCGCUUGAACAAUAA